CUCUACUACUCGUCCUAGCCGUACGCACCCUCGAUCGCAAGGUCAUGUCAGGAUCAUCUCCUCGCCAUGCUGCCUCAUGUAGACUACCAAGCAGAUUCACCAUUCGUCCACCGGAUCUCUGGGCUCCAGGCCGGCGAAAAGAUCUGGUUCACCGUCAAUGACCUGAUCUCAAAUCCCAAUCGGAUGUACCAUCAACUUGUUGAUGCCGACGUCCCUAUCUACACCGACAUACUCGUACUCUUGAAAAAUACCAAGUCGAUCGAGGAGAGGGGUGUGAAUGAGAAACUGGAGGGGCAGAGACAGCUUUCGGCAUUGAAUACUGCGCUGGCCAGCCGCCUUCCGGAAGACUUUGCUUGCAACGCCUGCUGGGCCAAGGGAAAGACAUGCUACAGAGCGGAUGCAGAGACUGUAAAUUCCAGAUCCUGGCUGUACGCUAAAUGCAGUCGGUGCAUCAAGCUCGGCACAGGAUGCUUCUUCAACCCUAGAGAUAUCGAUCCGGAAGGGGUUGAAGCGAUCGACUUUGUGAAUGUUACUACCAUCGACAGCCAAUUACAACAAUCGCCUCUGGAAGUGAGAAGCGACGACGCCGUCAUCAGAGACUACAAUAAUCUGUUUGGGUACUUUUGGAGCUUCUCGCCCGAGCUCACCGGAAUGCAUUACAUGAACACGGAUAAAGAAGAGGAGGCCAUCAUGACAAAAUGGAUCAGCGAUGCUCUCUGGGCUCGUGGCUAUCCCAGUAAGGUUGACCUGAGUGGCACGACCGUAUAUGGCGGGAUCGUCUUGGACAACGUUACCCUCGAUAAUCUCUUCGAACCACCUACAUUACCGGGAGGUUCGAGCAAGAAGAAGCGACCGCAGAAAUCCAGGGAAGUCCGUCUGGCCAAGAAGAGGAAGGUUGUCGUGGAGGAGCCGAGCCAAGAGGAAGCCGUUGAUGGAUUCGAGGCGAAUGAGCCGAACCAGGAGGAAGCCGUUAAUGGAUUCGAGGCGAAUGAGCCGGACCAGGAGGAAGCCGAUGAUGGAUUCGAGGCGAAUGCGCUCGAAGGUUUCGACGGGGAAGUCGGUGACGGCUCCUCGUCCUCGACGUUGACCUCAUUGCCUGAUGAGCCUGAGAAGGCCGCCCCCCCUCGUCAACGACCUCGAUCCUUGGUCAUGGCGACUCCAGCCUGGACGACUAGGAUGCAGCGGGUCAUCCAAGGCUCUGCCAUUCCGGCCGAGGCGCAAGAACAGCUCUUGGAGGGGAUGAUCAGUGCCUGGGUCGACUUUAUCAGAGACCCAUGAGCCGAGUGCCGUCCUUGUAGACGAGAUGAACGGG